UUAAAAACAUGGCGUCUCUGGAUUUGCGAGAUAAUCUACUCGGAAUAUCGUGGGUGGACAGCGGCUGGGUGCCAAUUCUGAACCCAGGCAAUGUCCUCGACUAUUUCUCUGAGCGGAGCAACCCUUUUUAUGACCGAACAUGCAACAACGAGGUUGUAAAAAUGCAGAGACUCACCCUUGACCACCUCAAUCAGAUGGUUGGCGUGGAGUAUAUAUUGCUCCAUGCGCAGGAACCAAUCCUGUAUAUCGUCAGGAAACAGCAAAGACAGUCGCCCACACAAGUUAUCCCAGUGGCUGACUAUUACAUAAUUGCUGGAGUGGUUUACCAGGCUCCAGACCUUGGCUCAGUCAUUAGCUCUAGAGUGUUGUCGGCAGUGCACGGGAUCCAAUCUGCAUUCGACGAGGCCAUGUCCUUCUGCCGCUAUCACCCGUCAAAAGGAUACUGGUGGCAUUUCAAAGACCAAGAAGAACGAGAAAAAGUAAAGCCCAAGUCUAAGAAGAAAGAGGAACCAAGUUCUAUGUUUCAGAGGCAGAGAGUGGACGCCCUAUUGCUGGACCUACGGAAUAAGUUUCCACCACUGUACUAUCAGCCUAAACCUGGAGAGAAGCCCAUUCCAGUGGAGGUAAGGAAAGAGCCCGAGUUGCCAGCAGAAGCAGUUAAGCAGGAAGAACGUGAGCCGGCUACUAAGACCCCCGCCCCCUCCGGAGCCAGCAAAGCCCCACCCGAGAAACGAGCGCGCCUCCAGUAACCUGCGUGUGCACAUACGGGGAACCCUGAGCUGGUGCAGGAGGGUGGCUGGGUUGUCUCUGGAGCACUGCACGAUGAACACUUGCAUGCAUUCCUGGCAGACGGUCGUGUGCUGCUGGAGCUCCUGAACUGCAGAACAGACCUGUAACCUUUAUUCUAGUACCUUCUGGAUUUUCUUUUCUCUUCAAGUGUUAAAAUUCUAAGAUGUUUGUUAUGUAAAUAUUUUUUUACACAUUUAGACACAUGUGCAAACCCCAUUUGAGAGUUUAGCUAAAUGUUCCAAAAUAAUGGUAAUAAAAAUGAUUUAGAAAAUGGUG